AGCCAGCCCAACUCCGAAAUAUAUCAUAAUUCAGGGACUUAAAAUUGAAAUUUGUCUUAUAUAUAUACGAUUUAAUGUAGUCCAUAUUUCAAAAAAUAUGUUUUAUUCUGUUCCCACCAAACACAACCUACCUCAACUCCACGCCUUCAUCCUCCGCCACGCCCACGCCAUCGGUUCCAACCUCACUUUCCACUGCAACACCAUUAUCAAGUCCCUACUCACUUCUGCCCACUUCCCCAAAGCUAUUGCUCUCUACGCCCAUCUCAGGAGGACUGCAUACUUCGUCCCCGACAAUUUCACCUUCUCCACCCUCGCCAAGUGUUGCGGACUCAAUUCCUCCUUCUCCCAUGGCGUUGGGAUUCAUGGCCAGGCUUUAAGGCUCGGAUUCGCCGCCUCCAAUCUGUACGUCGCCACUUCAUUGGUCGACAUGUAUGGGAAAUUUGGGCGGAUGAAUUGCGCGCGGAAGGUGUUCGACGAAAUGCGCGAGAGGAGUUCCGUGUCCUGGACGGCAUUGGCCGCCGGGUACGUGAGGAUAGGCAAUAUGGCCUCCGCCAGGGAGGUUUUCGAGGCGACGCCGCCGGAGGAGAGGGAUACGGCGGCGUAUAAUGUCAUGGUCGAUGGUUACGUAAAAUGUGGCAUGAUGGAUGCUGCGAGAGAGAUGUUCGAUGUGAUGCCGGUGAAGAAUGUGGUGUCGUGGACGACGAUGAUCGGUGGCUGUUGUAGCAAUGGCGACGUCGAGGGAGGGAGGGCGCUGUUCGACACAAUGCCGGCGAGGAAUUUGUGCUCGUGGAAUGCGAUGAUCGGAGGGUAUAGUUGGAACGGGAGGCCAGAUGAGGCGGUGGCAUUGUUUCGGGAGUUGGUGGCCGGAGGAGUGUGGGAGCCGGACAAUGUGACCGUUGUGAGCGUGCUUCCUGCCGUGGCGGAUUUGGGCGCGCUCGAUGUCAGGGAUUGGGUUUACGCGUUUGUGAAGAGGAAAAAACUCGAUGAGUUGGCGAAUGUUGUGACGGCUUUGGUUGAUACGUACGCCAAAUGCGGGGAGAUCGAGAAGGCGAGGAGUAUUUUCGACGAAGCGCGGGGAAGAAAGACGUGCACGUGGAACGCUUUAAUUAACGGAUUGGCGCUCAACGGGCGCGCCAAGGAGGCGCUACGAGUGUUCCGCGAGAUGCGAACGAAGGGUUUCGAGCCAAACGAGAUUACAAUGCUUGGUGUAUUGUCGGCUUGUAGCCACGGCGGGUUAGUUGAGGAAGGAAAACGAUGGUUUGACAAGAUGGGCGAGUUCGGUCUAGCUCCUAAAAUCGAGCAUUAUGGUUGCAUGGUGGAUCUUUUGGGUAGGGCCGGGCGUUUGGUCGACGCCGAGAGAUUAAUCAAGGCCAUGCCUUACGAGGCGAACGGGAUCGUGUUGAGUUCUUUCCUAUUCGCGUGCGGUUACAACAAUGACGUGCCUCGAGCUGAGAAGGUCGUGAAGAAGGUGAUUGAUUUGGAGCCGAGCAACGAUGGGAACUAUAUAAUGUUGAGGAAUUUAUACGCUUCGGAAAAAAGAUGGCGAGACGUGGACAAGAUCAAAAGGCUGAUGGUGAUCAACGGGGCGAAGAAGGAGGUCGGGCGUAGCGCCGUUGAGAUUGACGACGUGGUUUUCGAGUUUGCGGCUGGGGACGAUGCGCGUCGGAAGAAUAAGAAUUGGCAUUGGCAUAAUAAUUUGGCGCGGAGGAUUAUGGAUCAGUUGAAAAUACACAUGAUGGCGAAGAACUACUCACUGGAGGCAGACUUCUUCAAAAGCCUCUGAGAACCUGGAGAGCAAACUCAUCAAUCGAUGACUUUGGCGCUGCUCUUUCCUCUAGUUCUUGGAUUUGGAUUGUGCAGCUGUGCCCGGAGAAUUAUUGAUACUUUGCCCACCCGACUUUUGCACUAGC